UCUGGUUCCCCCUCUCGUUCUGGUUCCCCCUCUGGUUCCCCCUCUGGUUCCCCUUCUGGUUCCUCUUCUUCUGGUGCCGGUUCCCCCUCUGGUGCUGGUUCCCCCUCUGGUUCCCCCUCUGGUUCCCCCUCUGGUUCCUCUGGUGCUGGUUCCCCCUCUGGUUCCCCCUCUGGUGCCGGUUCCCCCUCUGGUGCCGGUUCCCCCUCUGGUUCCCCGUCUGGUGCCGGUUCCCCCUCUGGUGCCGGUUCCCCCUCUGGUUCCCCCUCUGGUUCCCCGUCUGGUGCUGGUUCCCCCUCUGGUUCCCCCUCUGGUGCCGGUUCCCCCUCUGGUUCCCCUUCUGGUUCCUCUUCUUCUGGUGCCGGUUCCCCCUUUGGUUCCUCUGGUGCCGGUUCCCCCUCUGGUUCUGGUUCCCCCUCUGGUUCCCCGUCUGGUGCCGGUUCCCCCUCUGGUUCC